AUGAAUGACGAAGAAUUCGAAGCUGCUGGUCAGCAAAUGCUCAAAUAUGUGAUUGAUUACCACAAGAAUAUCAGGGAACGUCGUGUCAUGCCUGAUGUGAAACCCGGUUUCAUGCGCAAACUCCUUCCCGAUCAUGCCCCACACACGCCAGAAAAAUGGGACCUGUUAUUCAAGGACAUCGAACGUGUCAUUAUGCCCGGGGUAACCCACUGGCGUCACCCACAUUUCUACGCCUAUUACGCACUGUCAACUUCUUACCCCGCGAUCUUAGCUGAUAUUCUCUCAGAUACAAUUACUUGCAGCGGAUUCAGCUGGGCUUCCUGUCCAUCUUGUACAGAAUUAGAAGUUAUUGUAAUGGAUUGGCUGGUUAAAGUGAUGGAUCUUCCUGAAGCUUUUCUAUCGACGUCUCCAGGACAUGGCGGUGGAGUGAUUCAGGGGACUGCCAGCGAAGCAACUCUUGUUGCUGUUCUGUCAGCUAGAACCAAGUUUAUAAAUAGAGCCAAAGAGAAAAGUCCCAGCAUGGAAAAUGGCGUGGCACUCACUAAACUGAUUGCAUAUACUUCAAGACAGUCUCAUUCUUCAGUGGAACGGGCAUAUAAGAUUGCGUUGGUCAAGUAUCGAAUCCUAGACACUGAUGAAAAGCAAGCGUUACGUGGCGAUACUCUAAAGAAGGCCAUCGACGAAGACAGGGCGAAAGGAUUGACGCCAUUUUUUGUAUGUGCCACUUUGGGAACAACUUCUUCCUGUGCGUUUGACAACUGUAAAGAAAUUGGAAUUGUCUGUGAACAAGAAGAUAUUUGGAUGCAUAUUGAUGCUGCCUAUGCAGGCAGUUCCUUCAUAUGUCCAGAAUAUCGACCACUCUUAGAUGGCGUGGAACACGCCGAUUCCUUUAACUUCAAUCCACACAAAUGGCUGCAGGUGGCAUUUGAUUGUUCAGCCAUGUGGAUGAAGAACAGCAAUGAUAUCAUCCAGUCGUUCAAACUUGAACCUGUCUACUUGAAACACGACAAUGAAGAUAUCAUGCCUGAUUACAGACAUUGGCAAAUUCCCUUCGGACGGCGAUUCCGGUCUUUGAAACUUUGGUUUGUGUUGAGAUUAUUUGGUAUCAAAAAACUUCAGAAUAUCAUACGACAGGAUAUAAAACUUGCUCAUAAGUUCGAAGAGUACAUCAGAAACGACCCAAGGUUCGAAAUUUUCGGCGAAGUCAUCAUGGCGCUGGUCUGCUUCCGGUUGAAGGGCAGUAAUGAAAUUAACGAAAAACUAAUCAAGAGCAUAAAUGAAGAUGGGCGAAUCCACAUGGUCCCUUCUAGAGUGGACGACACUUUCUUUCUGCGUCUCUCCAUUUGUACCACCCGCACUCAGAACCAUGACAUCGAUUUUGCCUGGAAGGUCGUCUCCGAGGUGGCUGACAAUGUUCUGAAGACAACAAAUUGA